CACUGUUAUUUCAGCCCUGUCUCACGUCUCGAUUGUAAUCCUCACACCUUUAUCAUCCACGCCGUCUCCUUCAUUUUAGUUUGCUCGUCUUUUCCUUUCACCAAAACGGUCUUACCUACCAAGCUGCCUUUGUCGUCUUCCUAAUACGCUUUGGAAGUUGGGUUCUCUUCCACGCGAGACUUGACGACCUCGGCAAGAUGAAGGUCAGAAGUCAACCUGCUGCCGCGCUGUUCGGUUUUUCACUCUUUCAAGCAGUCUCCGCCGGUGUAUUAGGCCGCUAUGAGCUGAGCCAGCCUGUUGUCGAUGAGAAUGCCCUCGCGAGCGGGUCGUCGUCAAGGCUGGCGUCCAUCUCCCUAGCCGAAGCACGAGCGGUGGCCGACCGUCAACUUGCGCUGGCGGACGCGGCGCUCGGAUCGACGGACAUGCUGGACAAACGUGUUGUCGGCACCAUUGGCUGCAAUGGUUUCUCCUACUCGGGCACGCUCAAGCUCGUUUCAAGGUCGACAGGCAAAGCCAAGAAUGCCGCUUUUGAAGGUAUUCGGAACAAAGAUGGACUGCAGAUGCUCGACGUCGGCCACGGCGAGGUUAGCGCUCCAGCACAGUCGUUCCGUUUCGAUGCUUGCAGCAGCAGCUUCAUGAAGUGGCACAGGCAAGACGACAAGGCGGCGACAGUGUGGUAUGGGCAUCUCCGAUGGGAGCAGAGCCCUCAUCAUUGCGUUUCAGGAGCACAGCUCGCUCAGUCGACUUCCAGGCUGGUGAACGACCAAUGUUCCUACUCGGAUGACAGUUCUCAGAUGAUGCAAUACUGGUCGCUCACAAAACAACCCAGCUCAAACGGAUUCAGCUACAACCUCGCCUUUAUCGGCGAGCCGCGCGACGAUCCAGACGGCGACUUUAGCGGGAAGUACACGCUUGGCCGUGAGACGCUGGCGCAGAACGGCAGCGGCACGCACUAUGUCAAGCUCAACUAUGUCGAUGAUGGUAGCCCCGCGAGCGCGUACUACCUGAAACUCGUGUGAGGUGCUAGACGCUUCCUCGCGCCCCGUCGAACAGUCCCCUCGUCUCGUUGCGUCACGCUCCUUUCCCCCCAACCUUUCUAUUUCCGACUUUCCGUGCUGUGCGGAUAUACACAGCCCCGAUCUGAAGGACGUGCUGCGCGCGUCCUUUCUCUUCUGCCAUUGCAUGACUAGAACGUGAUACGGGGCCCCUUUGGGCAUCCUCUUGCCUUUCACCUUUGCGUGCUCCUCUCCUCUCAUUCCUUGCCGCAACCAACCCUGCUCCCGCCCUAUUCGCCUUUGCUGAUCCGCUCUCCCUAGUCACAUGACCACUGUACUGUACUAACCAGAUCAAAUGAUGCCAAGUCGCUUGACAUGCGAUGUUCCAAUGGCCAAUCCAACUUGGAG